GUCACAUUGACAUUUCAUAUAACCAGAAACACAGUGUGAGACAAUGAGAGAGUCUCUCUCUGUGGUUAGUUUCCAGUCAUGAAUGUCUUUGUUUUUUUUUCUGUGGUGUCAUGACCCACCGACCGUUAUGAAGCUGAGACUGAAGAAGCUAGACAUCCUCACAUGUGGCUUUCUGCUCUGACAUAUUUUCACUGCUGUGAGACGCCUCAGUUACCCUUUGAUAUCUUUCUGCAUCUGAAUUGAAUUCACUUCACCUGUGCUGAGUAUUAAGGUGGGCUCAAUGACCUGCUCCUCCACACCACAGAAACAAAGGAGCUGGUCAUUGACUUGACAUCCGGCCACUCAUCAUCAGUGGGGCCUGAGUGGAGAAGGUCCCAGUCUUUAAAUCCUGGACUGUGAACUGGAGGAGGACCUCAGAAAAAAUGGUUUUCCCCAAACUCUGCUGCAGCUCUUCCAUGGAGAAGAAGGCGCUCUCUCAUAACUUUCUUAAUUUGAUCACUUUAGGGUUAUCAGUUAUCAUAAAACAUCGACUGCUCCCUCCCCACCGAAGAACAAUUCGUCAUCUCCAGAUGUCACAGCAGAACGACAAUCAUUACCCCUGACUCAUCAAACCUCAGUCACUGCCUGUUCCAACUCUUGCCAUCAGACAAAAGGUACAGAGUGAUGAAAGCUACGAUAACACCUCUGUACAUAAGAUACUAUACUGUUUUUUAUUUUGUAACUUGCUUUUUUUUACUCUUGCUCUUUGUUUAUCUUUUUUACACUGAGUUGACUUGAUAUCUUGCAGACACACCUCUCUCUCUCUCUCUCUCUCUAUCGCUCGCUCGCUCUCUUUGUUUGUGUGAGCGACGGACAGACAAAAAGUUCACCUCAGUCUGCGGCAAUGGAGAUUUUGGUGACGAUUCUUCUUCUCCUCAUCCCUGUAAACUCUGCUGCUGUGAAGAAAAACCUGACAUCCACUGAAGGAGGAAACGUCACGUUCCCUGACCCUCUUCAGCAGACUGGAUUUCUUUUAUUUGGAACACAAGUCAUUGCCAUGGUGGUUAACGGAGGUCUGAACAUACCACAGAAUGUUUUCAGAGACAGAAUCCUGAGGAACAGCAGCACAGGAGCCCUCACACUCACAGGACUACAGAGAACAGACUCUGGAGAUUAUUCUAUUCAAUCUGUAGUUGAUGACGUUUCCUCCAGGUUUCUGUAUGAACUCAAAGUUUAUGAGACAGUUCCAGUUCCUUCAGUGGACAGAGUGAGUAACGACAGCUGUGUCCUCCUCUGCUCUGUGGGAGCAGCUGAAGAGACCACACUGUCCUGGUACAAAGAUGUGGAGCUGGUGAAGAGCAGCAGCUCUGCUGCCUCUCUGGAUCUCAGCCUUCAGCGUGAUGACUUCAGUGCUGAGUAUAAAUGUGUGGCUGCCAAACCCGUUGAGAAGAAACCUGUGUCAGUCCACGUUCACACACUGUGUCCAGAAGUCAGUGAACACAACACAGGACGAUACGUUGUCCUCAUUGUCUUCAUUGUGAUUUCUCUUCUACUACUCGCUCUCUUUAUCCUGCUUUACAGAAAAAGAAAAAAAAGGAAACAAUCAAAAGGUUCAGUGAAAGAAGAAGAAGUUGAAUAUUCUGACUUCAUAAUAAGACAGCGAUUAAAUCCAGAAGGGAGUCCUCCAGACGCAGUAGCUAGUGACAGACCUCCUCUGAUCAACACACUCUAUGCUAAAUUGGAGCUCCAUCAGAUGAAGCCAGAUCACACGACCGUUGGUGAAAAUGUCUGAAACAAACACAGUUAUCACAUGUGUAAAUGUUACUGAGAUCCACUCCUGCUUUCAUUGGCGUCUUACCUGAAUGAAUCCACAUCAUAAUAAGGUCAUUACGACUAUAACAUUAUUAAUUAUAUUGCAUUUUAAAAGAGCAGCAAUGUUUUUAAAAAAAGCAGUAUUCUUGAAAAGAUAAAUUGCAUUCUUCUCACAAAGUAGAGUUUAAUUACUCAGUUGUACAGAUUUUCCGUGCAUUCCAUUUCUAACAUGUCCUUUUCCAUCUCCAUCUAUGCUAAUGCUGAUAGUCCAGUCCUUGUUGUAUUUAUGGCAUAAGUUUAAAAUCGCUUCAGGCUUAGCUCGUUAGAAGCAGUGGGAAACAGUCGCUAGAUGUUAUUUGUCAGAUUCGAUACAUUAACCAUCCAAAACGCCAACGUAACGGUACACCUGCUGGAAGGCCUUGGUGUUGUCAACUCAAAAUUUGAAGAGUAUCAGUCUCAAAAGCAGUUUUAAAAGUAGGCAACUGGACUCACCUCAAGUAAAACGAAUGCUUUUGAGAUUAUUAUGAUGACCGGGAUGACAGAGAAUAUCCACAAGUCUGAAGAGUAUUGUUAGAGGCAGAGAGCCGUUAAUGUCAGCCAUUCCAGAUUCACUUCUCUGUUCUCCUGCGAAUGAAAAUAUCCCUGCCGGCCUAAACAAGCGUUGACGAGUUAUUCAGAACAAACAGAUUUUCUUAAUUUAAAUACAUUGAACAUUAUUUUGCAAAACGAGAAAAGUCAAACACUUACAAAUAAGUUUAACUGGUAGCGAGCCUCCCCUGCUGGAUUCUAUCUACUACUACGCAAAUGCAGUUACAAACUAUACUGUUACCCUUUCAUUAAAUGCCUUUCUUUUCGUUCUUUUUUUUAAUAAAAUGAAAUUUCUACAUUUGUCCCUCAAUAUUUUAAUUCAAAACAAGACUUUUACACAGUGGACUGAGAAACGUCACUUUGGUAAUGCGUUAAAAACGGGUAUGAAUAAAACGAAUGCAGUGUUUGUUAGUAGAAAGGGAUAAUGUAAGCCGUGUGUCCCCUUGGGGGCGCCAAAUCAUCAGUUAUAGUACAACAAAGCUGACUAACGAUUCGGUCCUUCAGUCACCCAGAGUCUAAAUGUCAGAACU